AUGGUUACGAAAAUUAUCAAAUUCGGUUGGGCUAAACCCGAUGCCUCCGAAACACAAGUUGCACAAUCUUUGCUUGUACUGAAAAUAAACUCCAAUUUAAAAGCUCAGCUUAGAGAAUUACAUAUUACAAAAACUAGAGAAAUGCAGUUAAAUAAGAAGCGCAUAAUUAUUUAUACUUCAAUGCCAAAAUUGAAACAAUUCCAAAAAUUUAAACUAUACUAG